UCUUCAAAUAUUUCCAACAAUUACUAGCUAGGCCUCCCAAAAAUGGCCACAAAGCUUUGCUUAUCACUUUUGUUCUUGUGCUUAUGCUCAUUGUUUUCAUCAUCUAUUGCCUCUAAUGACCAGAUAGAUUACUGGUGCAGCAAAACCCCAAACCCUGAACCAUGCAAAUACUUCAUGAAGCAAAACCCAAAACACUUUGUGCCGAAACAAAAGUCUGACUUCCGCAAAAUGGCUAUCGAAUUAGCCGUGCAACGGGCUGUGGAUGCUCAAAAUCACAACAAAUGGCUAGGAACAAAAUGCCGCAAUGAGAAAGAAAAGGCUGCGUGGGCUGACUGCUUAAAGCUCUAUGAGGACACCAUUGCAGAACUCAACCACACUAUUGCCUCCAACACAAAAUGCACCGAGUUUGAUGCUCAAACUUGGCUUAGCACUGCUUUAACAAACCUUGAAACCUGCAAAGCCGGGUUCAAGGAUUUUGGGGUUUCAGAUUUCGUGUUACCUCUCAUGUCUAACAAUGUUUCAAAGCUAAUUCGCAACACCUUGGCUUUGAAGGACAAUGCCUCAUCAACUUUACCCCAAACUUAUAAUGAUGGUUUCCCUAGUUGGGUUAAAGCAGGUGAUAGAAAGCUCUUGCAAAAAUCUUCACCAUCUCCAAAUCUUGUGGUGGCUCAAGAUGGUUCAGGGAACCACCGUACCAUAAAGGCAGCCCUUGACGCAGCCGCAAAGAGGAGUGGCAGUAAGAGGUUUGUUAUUCGUAUUAAGAGAGGGGUUUAUAGAGAAAAUCUUGAUAUUGGAAAGAACUUAAAGAACAUUAUGCUUGUUGGUGAUGGUUUGAGAAAUACCAGCAUCACCGGGAGCCGAAGUGUUGGUGGAGGUUUUACUACUUUCAACUCUGCAACUGUUGCCGUGACUGGGGAAGGAUUCAUAGCUCGAGGCAUCACUUUCCGCAACACAGCUGGUCCACAAAACCACCAAGCUGUGGCCCUCCGAUCAGGCUCCGACCUCUCAGUAUUCUACCGUUGUGGCUUCGAAGGUUACCAAGACACCUUGUACGUCCACUCCCAAAGGCAAUUCUACAAGGAAUGCUACAUCUAUGGCACAGUCGAUUUCAUUUUUGGGAAUGCAGCUGUGGUCUUACAAAAUUGUAUGAUAUAUGCACGAAGGCCUAUGGAUAAGCAAAAGAACGUCGUAACAGCUCAAGGCAGGACUGACCCCAAUCAAAAUACUCCGAUUUCAAUCCAUAACUCUCGAGUCAUGGCUUCAUCAGACCUUAGACCAGUGCUUAGCUCAUUCAAGACUUACUUAGGACGCCCCUGGAAGGAGUACUCUCGUACAGUUUUUCUUCAAACUUAUCUUGAUUCUUUGGUGGAUCCAGCAGGCUGGUUGGAGUGGGAUGGUAACUUCGCUCUAAACACUUUGUAUUAUGGAGAGUACAGAAAUUUUGGUCCUGGAGCCUCCACUAGAGGAAGAGUUAAGUGGCGUGGUUACCGGGUUAUAACAAGCUCAACCGAAGCAUCAAGAUUCACAGUCGCAAACUUCAUAGCCGGAAGGUCAUGGUUGCCGGCUACUGGUGUCCCAUUUUACCCUGGACUUUGAUGAUAUUAACAGUCCCAUUCGGUACCAUUGAUUAUAUCAAUCUGUUUGUUCUUUCAUUGUUUCAAAAAGUUCUUAAUUAAUUUUGUGGAUUCCCUUGUAAUGGUUCACAACUUGUCAUGAAGAC